AUGGCCUUUAAAGCCCUCCUGGAAGAGCUUCAUACAGCAGCCAGUUGCCCCAACUGCCASGGUUAUCUAACAGAUGCAGUGACUAUUCAAUUUGGGCACAACCUCUGUCGCUCUUGCAUCUCCCAGCACUGCAAAGAUCUACAGGAUAUCUUCCCCUGUCCUGUCUGUUUCCAUCACUGCUGUACCAAGAACCUCAAAAAAAACACCCAGUUAUGCAACAUGGUUCAGACUGUCAUGAGGCUGCCUGAUCCAAGAGUUAAGAGGAGACCCCUGGGUGAGAAGCACAGUGAGGUUCUGGACUUGUUCUGUGAGGAGGUCCUGGAGUUCUUGUGUCCCCAGUGCAGAGUCUCCUCCAACCACCAGGAUCACGACCUGACACCCAUUAAUCAAGCUGCAGCUCCUUCUCAGGACAAAGCUCAAAAACCACAUUAA